AUGUCGACAGCUGCUGAGGAGGAGAUGGUCGUGGAAGUGCGAACACUUGCCGGGACGAAGGUGGGCACCACCCGGCUCCCCUUGAACGCCAACGUCCGCGCCCUGCGGGAUGAGAUUCAGCGAUGGCAGCGCCCCAAAGAGGGCGCCUACGAGGAUCCCGAAAUGAAGCUUCUAACCGGCCGGUCGAUCUUGGAUGACAGGCAACCGCUUCGCAGCUAUUGCACCUACUCCGGCGAGCCUCUAGUCGUCACGGCUGUGAAGGGCAAGGCCGUGGAUGUUGCAGUGCAGUGCGGCCAGGAGACACUUCUCAUGUCCGUCUCGACAUCGACCACCGUGGCCAUGAUCAAGGACCAGCUUUGUGAUGAUCUCGGCUGGGACGUAUCCCUGGCACGGCUUAGCCUUCUCUUGCCGCUGGAGGUGCUGCCCCUCGACGAUGAGGAUCUCCUCCUUUCCUCGGGCUUUGUUCCCGGGAGUUUCUUUCGGCUGACGAAAAGACCGCCUGAUUAA